CAGUGACUGCGCCUGCGCUAGCUCCUGGGCUUUCGCGGGGGCUGCUGGGCCGUGGAAAUCGGGGACGCGCUGGGGUGUGCGCAGCCGUGAGGACGCGCCUGUCUGCUUGCGCGCGCUGGAACCCGGACUCUUGAGUGGAAACCGAAGGCGCACGUGGGAGGAACGCGUGGAGCAUGAAGAGGCAGGGAGCCUCGUCCGGGCGGAAGCGAGCGCGGAUACCGUCCGGGAAGGCGGGAGCAGCAAAUGGGUUUCUUAUGGAAGUGUGUGUUGAUUCAGUGGAGUCAGCUGUAAAUGCAGAAAGAGGAGGUGCUGAUCGCAUUGAAUUAUGUUCUGGCUUAGUGGAAGGAGGAACCACACCCAGCAUGGGUGUCCUUCAAGUAGUGAAGCAGUAUGUCCAGAUACCAGUUUUUGUGAUGAUUCGGCCGCGUGGAGGUGAUUUUUUAUAUUCAGACCGUGAAGUUGAGGUGAUGAAGGCUGACAUUCGUCUUGCCAAACUUUAUGGUGCUGAUGGUUUGGUAUUUGGGGCACUGACUGAAGAUGGACACAUUGACAAAGAACUGUGCAUGUCCCUUAUUGCUAUUUGCCGUCCUCUGCCAGUCACUUUCCACCGAGCCUUUGACAUGGUUCAUGAUCCAAUGGCAGCUCUAGAGACCCUCUUAACUUUGGGAUUUGAAAGAGUAUUAACCAGUGGAUGCGACAUUUCAGCACUAGAAGGACUACCCCUAAUAAAGCGACUCAUAGAUCAGGCAAAAGGCAGGAUUGUGGUAAUGCCAGGGCUCAGUGAUAUUACUGUACCACCAAGAAAAAGAGUUAAUGAGUCUGAAAGAGUGUGGGGUGGCAUAACAGACAGAAAUCUACAAAGGAUCCUUGAGGGUUCAGGUGCUACAGAAUUCCACUGUUCCGCUCGGUUGGCUAGAGAUUCAGGAAUGAAGUUUCGGACUCAGAAGAGUAUUAUUCUCUCCAGUGCACAUCUUUUUAUGCUAGCCCAUUUUAUUCUCUUGUUUUAUGACCUAUCAAAAAUAUAUUUUAUGGGCCUCCCUGGUGGUACAGUGGUUGAGAAUCCACGUGCCAAUGCAGGGGACACGGGUUCAAGCCCUGGUCCGGGAAGAUCCCACAUGCACGGAGCACCUAAGCCCGUGUACCACAACUACUGAGCCUGCAUGCCGCAACUACUGAAGCCCGUGCGCUGGGAGCCUGUGCUCCACAACAAAGGAAACCACCACAGUGAGAAGCCCGUGCACUGCAAUGAAGAGUAGUCCCCGCUCGCCGCAACUAGAGAAAGCCUGUGCACAGCAACAAAGACCCAACGCAGCCCAAAAUAAAACAAACAAAUAAAUAAACAAAUUUAUGGAAAAAAAAGAUUCCAUGUGUUCCUUGAAGACAUUUAAAAUUUAUUAAUUAAUUAAUUUAUUUAAUGGGAUGAUGUGAAGUAAAGACCUAAAUUAAUUACUUUUUUUUUUUUUGGCCCCUCCACGCAGCUUGUACGAUCUUCGUUCCCCAACCAGGGAUUGAACCCAGGCCAGGGCAGUGAAAGCACCAAGUCCUAACCACUGGACCACCAGAGAAUUCUCAAUUACUUCUUUUUUAUUCUAAUAUGCUUCUGUCUAAAAAACAUCAAACUGCUCAUCCAAUUCUCUCUAGUUUGUCGACAGUUAAAAGCUUAUUCUUUGACUCUACCAGGAACAUUAUUCUGUAGUGUCAAUAACUUUUACUAUUUUUUAAAGUACAUGUUCUUUUUAAAAACUACAUCUUUUAGUAGUUGACUCUUUUUCUGGUAGGCUUUAAAUCUAGUUCAAUGAGUUUAUUAAUUAUUUAAAUCUAUGCUUUGCAAUUUGUUUAUUCUUCCAGAAGAAUUUCAAUAUAUUUCAGGUUUUAAUAUUA